AUGAUCCCUAGUGAGGAAGGAAAAAAAUAUGCCACCUUUCACCCUGGAGGGCAUUUGACAAAUCUUGUAGGAUUUCAGCCCCUUCCAAGGACUCAGGGAACAGAAGACAAGACUCGGGGCUCGCCCAAGGUGGCGUGGAAAGGACACCUACCCUUAAGUCUGAAAUCCCAAAGAGCAUCCCCUCCCCUGUGUAAGGGUGAACUAGGAAUAAAUGAAUCCCACCCCACCCCCAUAUCAGUGUCCUGCCAUAAGAAAGUGUCACAAGUUUGUGACUUAAAGCCACAGAAACUUACUCUCUCACAGCUCUUGACUUCAGAAGUCCAAAAUCAGUUAGCACUAGGCUGA